AAUUGUUCUUCAUAUGUUAAUCAAAAAUGCGUUGAGUGUAAUGAAAAAUAUUACAUGAAUAUUGAUAAAAAUUGUGUAAAAAUGACAGAAAAUCCGAUUGAUAACUGUAUAAAAAUGGGUAUUUGGGGGUGUUUGAUUUGUGAACCGGGAUAUUAUAUUGAUGGCAAUAAAUGUGUUAAAUGUGAUGAAAUAUGCACUUCUUGUGUAUCAAAAUCAUCUUUGUGUCUUUCUUGUCAAAGUGGAUUUUAUUUGGGAGUGAACAACACUUGUAUUUCCAAUGAUUUAUUAAAGGAUAAAUGCAAAAAAAUAUCAACAAUCACAAGUGGGUGUUAUGAAUGCAAAGAUACAUAUUUUCGAGUAGGUCUUGAUUGUGUUCGCUGUUUAACUAACUGUACAACUUGUAAUACGGCCUCAAUGUGUUUAACUUGUAAUGAAACGAAUUUCAAAACGGUAGGUGGAGACUGUUUACCACAAAAUAUAAUUGUUGGUUGUCAAGUUGAAGUCACCCAAAAUGGGUGUAACAAGUGUUUAAGUGGGUAUUAUUCAGUAAACUUUAAUGAAUGUAAAAAAUGUGACGAUAAUUGCAAAACGUGUUAUUUAGUUGGUAAUAAAUGUACCUCGUGUAACGAGAAUAAUAUUUUAGAUGAAAACAACAAAUGUGUUUCAUUGAGUAAAGUCCCCAAUUGUAACCAAAUUAAAAAUUCAAAAUGUUCGAAAUGUACUUUUUGGCACACUCCAAGUGUUAAUGGGACUUCUUGUGUAUCAAAAGCAGUGUGGUGGAUUAUUUUGAUAAUAGUCACGUUUUGUCUUUUAAUGAUUGUUUUGGUCACCACAACAUUUGUUUUCUUGUUUAACUUAAUCCAAAAUAAACAACGAAAAAAUGAAUUGGAAAAAACUACAACUGUUUUCUCUAUUGAAAAAUCAAAUAUUCAUUUUAUUUCAAUUGGCAAUGGGAUAGUUGUGAAUACAACAGAUAUCAUUUUUAAUGAUGGGGAAGAGGCGAAUGUCAACGAAAAACUCCGUGAAUUGUUAUGUGUUGGGAACACCACAAAACACAACAUGAAAAUCCAAAUUUCAAAUAAAACUUCAGAAAACUCCAAAUUUAUAUUUGAGUCCAACCCACAACUUAUAUUUCUCGGGAAAGGGGAAGCUUGUGAAUUUGAGAUAUUUGUCACACUUCUUUGCACUUCAAAAAUUCAAAGCGAAUUUCUUCUUAUUUCAAAUUCUUUGGAUAAAGAAAAGGAAAUAUAUAAAGAAAUUAAAUUUAGUUUAACAUCUAAAAUAACAACAAGAAUUGACCCGGACGAAUUAAAAGAAGAAAAGAAACUUGGCGAAGGAUCUUUUGGAAUCGUUUUUAAAGGUACAUUUAGAGAAAAUAAUGUUGCUAUUAAAAAGAUGAAACAACAAUGUAAUAAUACAAAUGGGAUGAUCGAAUUUGAAAGUGAAGUGAGUAUGUUGGAUAAAUUUCGAAGUGAUUAUAUUGUCCACUUUUAUGGAGCUGUGUUCAUACCAAACAAAAUCUGUCUUGUUACCGAAUUUGCACUUUUGGGAAGUUUACAAGACUUGAUAAAACACAAACAAUCAAAUGAAAUAGAAAUGAAAUUGAAAAUUAAAAUAAUGUUAGACGCUUCUAAAGGAAUUCAAUAUUUACAUGAAAACGGGAUAUUACACAGAGAUAUUAAACCAGACAAUAUUUUGGUAAUAUCAACUGACUUGAAUGAAAAAGUGAAUUCGAAAUUGACUGAUUUUGGAAGUGCUAGAAAUGUGAACAUGUUGAUGACUAAUAUGACUUUCACAAGAGGUAUUGGAACACCAAAAUAUAUGGCGCCUGAAAUAUUGAAUCGAGAAAAAUACACAAAAAGUGCAGAUAUUUAUUCAUUGGCUAUAACAAUAUUGGAAUGUUUCACUUGGGAAGAUCCUUUUCCAAAAACAAUUUUCUGUUAUGCUUGGUCUGUUGCAGAUCAUAUAUCGACUGGAAAACGACCCGAAUCAAUUUCCAUGUUAAAUAAAACGUAUCGAAAUGUGAUUGAAAACGCAUGGAAACAACAGCCUAAAGAAAGGAGUGAUAUAAACACCAUCAUGAACGAGUUAAGUUUUAUGUACUAA